GGAAGUUUGGCGAAGCAAGCAACUCAUGGAGAGGGCAAGGUGUUUCAACAAGUCAUGGUGGAACAUUCAAACCCAAUAACCAAACCGUGUGUUACAAUUGUUAUAACAAGGGCCACCUGUCAUACGACUGCAUGCUACCGAAGGCCAAAAAACCUAGAUCUAGUGCUCCAACACAAAGAAGCUAUGGGAAUAGGAAACGUGCUUUCGAACAACGGAUUAAUCAACUGACGGCUGCCAUGGAGGAACUCAAAUCUUCGUUUAAUCAUGAGGAUCAGCAGUGUGACAAGCAAUCCAGUGGAGGAUCUGACGACGACGAAGACGACGAGCAGUCAGCUAACUGGGUAAAUAAUGUAUUGCUCGAUCGCGAAUAAAAUACGAACGUUCUUGUAUCAUCAUCAUCAAACCCCGUCGACAGGCGAUAAAAUCAUACCGAAUGAACGAGUUUUCUCAUUUGUCCCACGUUCUGAAUUAUCUAAUUUAAGACAAAUAGAUUUCACCCGUAAGCCAAACGAAACUGAACCUUUACAAAGCAUGAAGUGGAAACCAACAGACAAAGUCAUUUAUACAUAUAAAGCAAAUGGUAAAAGUUUCAAACAUGAAGCAAAAAUUAUCAAACCUUUGUCUAAAUUAGUCUAUUUAAUCGAGAUAGGAGGUUCAACUAGAAGAGCACAUGUAAAUCAACUAAAACUUAUACCUCAAACACCGCUUAUCUUGAACAAGGACAUAGAAUUUAAUAGUUCCCCAAACGAUAUCAUAGAUAACAGUUCUUGCACAAGCAGUCCAGAUGAAGAUUCAA